GGGAGGUGACAUCAUGCGCUCCAACGGAAGCAAAAGUCAAUAACGACUUCGUUAAAGAUCAUAGACAAAGACUGUGUCAUGAAUUUCAUUUUCAGUUUUCCAUAGGUAAGCCUAAGUUUCAGCUUAUAGUUUUCUUCUAUGUCAGUUCUGGGAUUGAUUGGGAGUUCAACUUUGAUAUUAGAAUGGCUUCAAGUGAUAAUGGGUGUCAAAAAGAGCAAGUUGAGGAAUCCAAUGUCACUGAAACAAAGGGACAAGUUCCUCUUCACAUUCCAACAUCGCAAGGGGUGCUUCUAAACGAUGAAAACCCUCUAAGAAAGUCCCCUAGCAGCUCUAUGUCUCCCCCAAAUAGAAUAAAGUUUUUCAAAUUUGGUUCUGCAUCUGCCAAAUUCAAGCGUAUAGCUGAAGAGAGAGAUGAGGUUUCUCGGUUGGUGGCUUCCUCAAGUGGUCAUCGUCUUCGAGAACGCCUGACUGGGGUUUUUGCAAAAAAAAUUGAUUGGGUUUCUCUCAUGAAAAUGUCUAAGCAAUGGAUUAAUAGGGACCCAAUGAAUAUGGCCCUCAUUGUAUGGAUCAUAGGUGUUGCUAUCUCUGGUAGUAUCCUGUUCCUUGUCAUGACUGGAAUGUUGAAUGCAGUGCUUCCUAAGAAGUCCCAGAGAAAUGCAUGGGCUGAAGUCAACAGUCAAAUACUCAAUGCGCUGUCUACUCUUAUGUCUCUGUACCAACUCCCUCUGCGAUUUUACCAUCUUGUACUUCUGUGUAGAUGGAAACCAGAAGACAUUUGCCGACUCAGAAAGAUAUACUGUGAGGGCGGGACCUAUAAGCCCCAUGAGUGGAAACACAUGAUGGUAAUUGUUGUGCUACUCCACAUUAACUGUUUUGCUCAGUAUGCCCUUUGUGGUCUCAACGUGGGAUAUAGGAGAUCUGAGCGACCUGCCAUUGGAGUUGGAAUAUGUAAUGCAAUUUCAAUAGCUGCAGCGAUAAUGGCUAUGGUUUACUCCAAUGUUAGCCCUCUUGGGAGGAAUUGUGAUAUUGAAUUGGAUGAGGAAGCAGAGUGCUGGACUGACGCUGGUGAAAGUAAGAGGCCAGAGCAGUCAAGGCUACAAUCAUUGGAGAAGAGAUAUUCAUUUGUAUUUCGAGAUGAAGAGAGAAUUGUUGAGAGCAGCUCACUCUGGUCUGGAAGGAUACAUGACUUUUGGCGUGAUAUUUCUCUAGCAUUUCUUUCACUUUUUUGUAGCAUUUGUGUGUUUGGGUGGAACAUGGAGAGGCUCGGGUUUGGGAACAUGUAUGUACAUAUUGCAACUUUUCUCCUGUUAUGUACGGCUCCUCUCUUGAUUUUCAGCUUGGCUGCUGUGAAUAUUGAUAAUGAGAUUGUCAGAGACGCUCUUGGUGUUACUGGAAUUGCUCUUUGCUGGUUUGGUUUGCUAUAUGGUGGCUUCUGGAGGAAUAAAAUGAGAAAGAGAUUCAAUUUGCCAACUUAUAACUUCUGUUUCGGUCAACCAGCAGCUAGUGAUUGCACACUGUGGCUAUGCUGUUGUUGUUGUUCUCUUGCUCAGGAAGUACGCACUGGGAAUUCUUAUGAUGUUAUAGAAGAUAGGUUUAUAAAAAAGCAAAUGGACAAUGGUAACCAGCAGCUGAUAUCACCUUUACCUCGUGAAGAUGGGAUCGGGCAAUUUAGUCCGGGGCCUAGUUCUUCACCUGGAUACAAUUCUAGCCCAUCCACGAGAUUUACAGCCAAUUCUUCAAGUCCUAGAAUAGUUUCAAAGGAAUAUUAUAGUCCAGACCGGCAGCUCUCUGUGGUGACAGAAGAGUCGUCCAUAAGUGGUAAAGAUGAAACUAUGAUUCCACCCACUCCGUCAUUGAUACACAGAGAUGAAGCAACGUAAUUGGCAAAAAUUUUCAAGCAUCAUUGUGGUUAUGUUAUGAAUUUGUUGAAAUUAGUAGUUUAAGAUGAUUUGUCUUUUGGUUUUUUUUAAGUUAAUUGUGAGCAGGUACGUACUUUGCAUAUGUUUCCCGACAUAUUUUGAAUUAGUAUACUUCACGUAUGUCUUAUUAAUUAUAAUUCAUGUAACUAGACUUGAAGAGUCAAUUAUUGUACCUAUAAGUACACUUUGCACUUGGCAAUUUGGAUGUGAGUGAAACAAGUUCUUAUC